AUUCGUAUCCAGGCUAAUUAACGAAAAACCGGUAGAAGAAAAGAAAAAAUGGCGGACUCUCAGGUGGUGAAUUUUCAUAAUAUUUUGAUUAAAAAUAUCUACUUUUACGUAAUGUUUAAGAAUAACUAUAAAUUGAAGUACUUAAACUGAAUUUUCUCUAUGAUAUGGUUGCUGCCUUGUUUAUUUAUAUAGCUGUAAAGAGUUAAGAUACGUCGAUUUAAGGUGUACGGCAUCUGUAUAAUAAUUUGUUUAUGAGAAGUUUGAGGGAUUAGUUUGAAUAUUAAGCACUAUUUCUUGACGACAAAAUAUUAGAUUAGAUCACAAAUAUAGCGUCGUCUCAGAAAGUUCAUUCGGUUUUAGCUCGCAUUGAUCAGUUCCGGAGGUAUUUAUCAAGAUUCGCACGUGUACCUUUUACAACAAUUAUAUUCAUUGUCUCAGAUUUAAGAUAGUUACAUCAGAUUUUGAUUCAGAAUUUACAUGUUCUAUGCAAAGAUAUUUUCGCUUUUUGCUCUUAAGCGUUAAAUAAGAAAUCAGUAUAGUAGUAAUAGUAUGGAACAGGAAGCGGAACGGGUUGAGGAACUGAGUCGUCAAAUGUACGAGACGACUGACCCGGCUACACGAGCUUCAGCAGAAAGUACUUUGGUAGAACUGGCGAAUGCGCCGAACUGUUUGGAACUAUGCAUAUUAAUCAUGGAUAGAGGAAGGUCGCAUUAUGCCCAAAAUAUUGCAGCAUCUACACUUGCGAAAAUUACUUCAGCGUUAUCACCGCAGCAACGUCUCGAUCUGAGAGCCUAUUGCUUACAAUAUGUUAGAAACAGGGGAACUGAUAUGUUACCCUGGGUACUUUCUGCAGUUGUAAGUCUUUGGUCGAAGGUUGUGAAACAGGGUUGGUGGGACGUAAUAGACGAUAAACACGUUCUUCGAGAUGUGGUUAACCAUGUUUCAAAUAUGAUGGAGGAAACACCAUAUACCCCAAUGGCCCUAAAAUUAUUAACUCAACUUGUCACAGAUAUGAACUGUACAGAAAUGGAUUCGGGGAGGGCUAGACACCGAAAAACGGCCAGUUCUUUUAGGGAUCAUCACCUAUACGAUGUGGCCCGGGCUGCAGUUACAGCUUCUCGAAGAGGCAUAAACGUUGGCAGCCAGGAUAUUUCAUCGUCCGCUGUAAAAUUAGCUUUAGCAUGCUUGAAUUUUGAUUUUAUUGGCACUGGGUCUGAAGAAAUUUCAGACGAUUUGGCAACUGUUCAGGUUCCAACAACAUGGCGUCCUUUAUUUCUAGAUUCUGGAACAGUGAGAGUCUUUCUUGACUCUUACGUUUUUUUACAAAGUUCAAACGAAUGCCACUAUGCUCUCAGUUGUUUGGUUCAAUUGGCUUCGUGCAGAAGAAGUUUAUUCAAUAAUUCCGAAAGGGCCAUUUUCCUAUCAUCUAUCGUGGAAUGCGUUCGAAGUAUUCUGGAACAAGGCUCUCACACUCUUGCUCAAAAUGAACUGAAUUAUCAUGAAUUUUGUAGACUGUUAGCAAGAUUAAAGAGUAAUUAUCAGUUACAAGAACUGGUAAAAUUAGCUGAUUAUCAAAAACUUCUUGACGAUAUAGCUGGUUUUACUUUAGUGGCACUACGAAGUGUUUGGCCAGCGGCUCCCAAUAGCGUACAUUAUGUUUUAGCCCUGUGGCAACGAUUGGUGGCCAGCGUACCGUACGUGAAAGCUGCUGAAAAUCACAUGCUGGAUACGUACGCCCCAGAGGUAGCAAGGGCUUUCAUUCAGAUGAGAUUGCAGCAUGCUGCUAAUGACGGCGACGAAGAGUUAUUAAAAGAUUCUGGAAUGCUUACUCAACAGUUAGAACAACUGGCAACAAUUGGCAGAUGUGAAUACACAAGAACUGCACAACUCUUAUCAAACCUUAUGGAUGAAGCCUGUAAAGCGUACGUUGCUAACAAUACUGAUACCGUACGAAGGCAGCUUGCUUGGCUUAUCUACAUGAUAGGUGCUGUAAUUGGUGGUCGGGUUAGUUUUUCUUCAACUGAUGCUCAUGAUGAUCUAGAUGGAGAACUAACCGUUAAAGUUCUACAAUUAGUGAGCGAAGUCGAUAAUAGGCUAGCUUUAGGGCAGAGGUCAGAACAUGUAGAUAAAGCGAUUCUAUUUUUCUUUGAACAGUUUAGGAAAAUGUAUGUCGGAGAGCAGGUACCUCGAACUUCAAAAAUGUAUAGAAGAUUACAAGAAUCAUUAGGAUUAGGAGAUGAAACCGCUGUUUUAGGGGUUAUAAUACAUAAGCUGUUAACAAACUUGAAGUUAUGGCCAAGUCCAGAGCAACCUGUUGUUGUGAAAACGCUGUCAGUUUUGUCAGACCUUUCUAUAGGAUAUUCUUCAGUUCGGAAAUUGGUGAAAUUAGACGCUGUCAAAGAUUUAUUAGAAAGACACUCUCCAGAGACUGUUCCUUUGCUCAGACCGCCUCCUCCACCGGUGGAUCCUCGGCAUAUGAGAUGUAGGUCCACACUAUAUACUGCUUUAGGACGUUUACUACUACUUGACUUAGCUGAUGAUGACGAAAAAUUUGAAUCUUUUAUGACACCAGUAGGUGUUGCUCUGGAAGCUGUUGAAAGAAGUAUGUCAUCCAACGAAUCGCCGGAGAUGACUAAGAGAACUUUAGUAGGCCUUAUCAGAGAUAUAAAAGGAAUAGCUUUUGCGUUUAAUACUAAGAGUUCGUUCAUGCUGCUACUUGAUUGGCUAAUGCCUAGAUUUACUCCUUUAUUAAGAGCUGUUUUAGAAAAGUGGAGGGACGAUCCAAAUUUGAGUACACCGGUUCUUAAAUUAUACGCUGAGUUGGCACAAAAUCGGAGUCAAAGAUUACAUUUUGACGUUUCUAGCCCUAAUGGAAUACUAUUGUUUCGAGAGAUCAGUCAAGUGAUAGUACUCUAUGGAAGAAAGGUCUUGGAAAGUGGAUCAACAGAUACCAGUGACAUUUAUGCUCAUAAAUUAAAGGGUGUUUCAAUUUGUAUGCAAAUGCUUAAAGCAGCCUUAGCAGGAAAUUACGUAAAUUUUGGUGUCUUUGCUCUUUACGGUGAUCCGGCUCUUGAAGAUUCCUUGCAAAUGAUAAUCCAAAUGGUAACAUCAUUCUCCAGAGAAUUGUUGUUGCAAUACACAAAACUUGCUCAUGCUUAUUACGCUCUGAUGGAAUGUCUAGCUCAGGAUCAUGUAAACUUUAUAAGCCGACUAGAACCUCAGAUUAUCGUGUAUAUAUUGUCAACAGUCGCUGAUGGACUUAGUUCAUUGGACACUGUUGUCUCUACAUCCUGCUGCGCUAUAUUGGAUAAUAUCCUUUCCUAUGUUCUCAAGAAAAUAUUUCGGCGGAGGUCGAAUAAUAAUGAUGAUAACGAUACCCGCCUAAUGGCUGCUCUCGACUCCAAUUCACAGAUUCUACAACAUAUGCUCAGUACUGUUCUUCAUAUGGUUAUGUACGAAGAAUGUAGAAAUCAAUGGAGUAUGAGCAGGCCACUUCUUGUAUUAGUAUUACUGCAGCCCGAAUGUUGGACAAACUUGAGGACACAAAUGGAGCAGCAACAACCUGAGAGUAAGAGAGUAAGUAUGUCUAGGUGCUUCGAUAAUCUCAUGGAGGGAAUCGAAAGAAACUUGCUUGUGAAGAAUAGAGACCGAUUCACCCAAAAUCUAAGUGUCUUUAGAAGAGACGUAACGGAAGUUUUAAGAGGAGGAGCAAAUAGACCUGCUGUUAGGGAGAAUGAAGCUAACGGCGCACCCGGUGAAGCUUUAGAUAUGAUGUCGUAA